UUAGUCCUCACUGACUGCCUGUAUAUAGAGAAGACAAGAGUCUGACAGACAGAUCCUGUGAAAGAGGCAGGAGGGAGGCAGACUUUUUCCACCAAACUCACUCCACCUGUGAAUGACGACCUGACCAAAAAACAUCACUGAAGCUUCUCUUGGAUUACAAAACCCCGGUUUCUCUUUCGUUUCAAGGGAUCAUCAUGAAGCUCAUCCUGUUGACUGUUGCGGUGCUGCUCCUGGUGGCGGGAGAGGGUACUGCAGACAGAAUCCUCUCCCGGAGGACCAAGAGGGAACUUGCCAGUCCUCUCCAUGUCGGCGGCAUCAGGGACCCAUUUGGCUCGUACUGCCAGAGGAGGGGGGGCUGCUGCCCGGGCAGAGACGACCUGUGCACGGUGCCCUACCUGGACACCAUCUGCUACUGUGACCUGUUCUGCAACCGCACCGUCUCAGACUGCUGCCCUGACUUCUGGGGUCACUGUUUAGGCGUGGAACCACCUUUCAUUGGCAGCUGCCAAAGAAAUGGACACAGGUUCUUUACGGGGCAAACAUACAAAGAAAACUGCAAUUUAUGUACAUGUGGGACUACGGGCCGAUGGGAGUGUGAGCAGAACGCCUGUCUGAUGGAGCCUGAAGUGAUCCAUUCUGUCAACAGAGGAAACUAUGGGUGGAAGGCAGCUAACUACAGUCAGUUCUACGGCAUGUCUCUGGACGAGGGGAUCCGGUACCGUCUGGGCACGCAGAGACCCUCCAGGACUAUCAUGAACAUGAAUGAGAUCCAGAUGAACAUGGAUCCCGAGAGUGACCGUCUGCCACUGAACUUCAAUUCGGCAGAGAAGUGGCCGGGGAAGAUCCAUGAACCACUGGAUCAGGGCAACUGUGCUGCGUCGUGGGCUUUCUCAACUGCAGCUGUGGCCUCGGACCGAAUCUCCAUCCAGUCAAUGGGUCACAUGACUCCUCAGCUCUCGCCCCAAAAUCUUAUUUCCUGUGACACACGAAACCAGGGAGGCUGUGGUGGGGGGCGCAUCGAUGGAGCCUGGUGGUACCUCAGGCGUAGAGGAGUGGUGACAGAAGACUGUUACCCAUACCAGCCCCCACAGGACUCCCCAGUGGAGGUGGGCCGCUGUAUGAUGCAAAGCCGCUCCAUCGGCCGGGGGAAGAGGCAGGCCACGCAGCGCUGCCCCAACACACACAACUACCACAACGACAUCUACCAGUCCACGCCGCCCUACAGGCUCUCGUCCAGUGAAAAAGAGAUUAUGAAGGAGAUUAUGGAUAAUGGCCCUGUGCAAGCUAUUAUGGAGGUCCAUGAGGACUUCUUUGUCUAUGAAAGUGGGAUCUACAAACACACUGACGUCAGCUUCACCAAACCUCCACAUUACCGCAAACAUGGGACACACUCAGUCAGGAUCACUGGGUGGGGAGAGGAGAGAAACUUUGAUGGGACAUCAAGAAAAUAUUGGAUUGCUGCCAACUCCUGGGGAAAGAACUGGGGGGAGAACGGCUACUUCCGCAUCGCUCGUGGGGACAAUGAGUGUGAGAUUGAAGCAUUUGUGAUUGGAGUGUGGGGCAGGAUCACGAUGGAGGACAUGCACAACCAUCAUCACCACCGUCAUCGCCGACACAUUUAAAGAGCCAUAUCCCAUCUGUAGUCAGGCGUGACCCCAGAGGAGAACCACAUCACGAGUCAGAGAACUUCAUCACCUCCCCUUGUCCACCAAGCUGGCUGGGACGGCCCACAAGACCAACCCCAGAGCCCCUGAGCCUUCUCUUUUUCCAUCUUACUUUACUCUGGGGAUUAACACAGCCCCUCUCCUCCUCCGUCUUUACCCUCUUAAGAGAGCGACUUCUCCCAUCUCUCCAGUAACUCAAGGUUUAUGGCACCAAAAACAAAGAAAAACUAAGCGAAAGUGCCUUCAUGUUGCCUCGCAAUAAAGCACCUCAGGUACCGACUGUUCCAAAGACCACACUUCCCAGAAUCCUCAGUAAUAUCUUUCGGCUGAUGACACAAGGAGACGCUCAUACUCACUCACUUAAGGCGUCAGCCUGAACCUUUUAGUCUUCUCUAGCUACAGAUCUAUAAUCCCCAGGGACCCAGUUACAGAGGGACAGAGGGACAGCGUGGAAAAGAGGAAAUGUGAGAGCCAGAUUGUUUAGCACCGGACCCAUUCAGAGAGACACACCCAGCUUAACCUCGUAACGUGAUAAUAUAUCAUAGACGAUCCUACUGACAUCCACCUGUCAGCCACACAUAGGCACGGUUUGGCUCAUCCUCUCGGGAUGGGGAGGACACACUUGUAUCGAGUUAGAAGUCGCUGGCAUUGGAGUUUCUCACACAUUCCAGUGAAAACGUAGAAUCCAACGCUGGAAACAUUCGUGAGUAUAAGAUUACAAAAAAACUCUACUCACCAUUACCGACAACUACAAAUAAUCAAAUACCCUUCGUUUUUUUGUUUUAUACGCACCUUGAUAUAAUGAACAGGCUUUAUCCUGGCCCGUGUGACACCUUUAUACACGUUAUACACAUUUUUGGCUGCGGGUGAAUUAAACGAGAGAGAUGUAAAUGAAAGCCAUGCUGCCAUUCCCGGCCCCAUGCACCAUCUCAUUUAAGAAAUGGAAACACCGAAGCAUUGAAAAGGAUAAAGAAACAGAAUUGUACUGACCACUGCAAAAGAAGCAGUUUUUUCUUAGCGGUAGUCUUAAAUUGCUUUGUUCUGCGUUUCUACACUGUUACGAUUUGAGCUAAAGAUGUUAUUUUUCUGUCGCAGUCAUAUUCUAAAGUUUUAUUUUACUACUUGUUUUAAAAUGUACUGUAUGUAGAAACUUUUAAUUCACACCCAUCACAUCACAUGCUUAGCUGUAACUGUUUGAUCACAGCGGGGAGGAGGAGGAGGGGCGGAGGAUACUGCUGCUAAAUCCCGUCUGUCCUAUACAUAUUUGUCUUUAGUUUGAUGCAAUUCACACCUAAUAAACAUGUGAAGCCACUUCUCACUAAUGCUGAAAAAAAAAAACGGUUCAAACCGCACAGGUUGCAGACAAAUUGUUUUUCAUGUUCAUGUUUUCAUUUUCUUCUUUUUUCCCACAUCGUGUUCUGCUGGAAGAGUAACAUGUUCCAACUCAAGAGCCCCGUGCCUGUUUUUCAUGUAGUGUGUAAGUGUCAUAGCACUUUGCGAUGUCUAGUUUAUUUCAAACGAUUGUAGACUGACUGAGGGAAUUUUCCCAUCUAUUUUCAAAGGAGCCACUCUUGAAAAGUAAAAACAUGGUGUAUCAUUACCGCUUGCUUUAAAUGACAUCCUGCUGUGCUUCAGCAGUAACUUCAAAAUGCUUUUUUCUAUUUCUCCGUCGACAGGUCUUGUGAUCUUUAAGGUCUUUGUGUUGUCUCCUUCAGGCAUGGAUAGGUAGAUAGACAUACAAGCAAAGAGAAAUGUCCGGAUUGGACACACGGUGUGCAUUGUGGUGGAGGGGCUAUAGAAGGAGGAAAGCAGCUGUCGCAUAUUUCUCAUGCGAUGUUCGAAAUGUUUGCUUCCAGUUUGAAAUAAGCAAAGACGGGGAAGGAACAAGAUGGGCCCACCAGCGGGUUUAUGAUAGAUGACAAUGCACAGAGAGCAACUGAUGCUGUAUCUCUGGGCCUGACGAGGAGAUUCUUUUCAAAUAUAUGUUUUCACGUGCUUGUCCCUUCACAAGAGCGUCAUUUAUGCUUAAGAUAUGUCAUGACUUCCCUGCGAGAGCAGCGUCAAGACUGAGUUGUGUAUUUGUAGGACAAACCCGCUCGUUGGCAAGGAUGAUAACUAAAUGCACCUUAGGACCGAGAUGAUCCUCCCCCAGUUGUAAGUCUGUUGGCCAAGAUCAUUUUAGCUUUUGAGAAGCGUUUGACAAAAGAUAGCACAGUUACAGACACUGUGAGUGACUGGUGUGUAUCAGGACAGAAGAAGUUAACGGAGUCUGACCAAAGCCGGAAUCAUUUUGUUUCUAUUGUGAAGAGACAUCUUGUUGUCAGCGUUUGUUUAUUUUGCUUACAUUGUGUUGGAUUAACGAGCACGCAGCUUCACAGUUGGCUUUGAAUGCUAUACAUGGCAAUGAAUGUAGAGAAGAUAUGUUAAAAAAUGAUCAUGGACAACUUAUGUGCCACUUUAUUUAUGAAUAUUAUAAAAAAAAGGUUUAGAUGGGACUAAUAUCACCUGUAUCACUUAAUAUUGUCUGUCAAAACCCAUAUAUUUUCAUAUCUAUUCCAUAGAAAUUGAUGUUACACUCAGCCAAACUGUUUUUUUUCCAGCUACACAACCUCUCCUCUAAAGAAAACCCCGGAGUUGCGGCAGACACUCACUCAUAAGUUGUGUAUUUUAUGUAAAACAAACCACUUAGUCACUUGAUUUGUAGACUUUAUUUAUGACAAAAUGUGUAAAUUAUAUACUUUUAUUCUCCUUUGUUUUUUCCGUGCAAUGUUUUGCCAUCUCCCAGUCUCCUGUAUUGUGUGCACCGAAUGCAAUACCACGUUAGUGUUCACUUGUGCAGCACAAUAAACUCUUUUUUCCGAAAAUA